UGAUCGGGAGGACACCUCCACCAUCAGUCAACUGUCUGACUUGGCCGCCACAAGUUCGUUUGUUCGUUAGUACACGUUCUCGUUCGUUCGUUUCUGCGACGAGAGCCCGACAAAAGCCCGCUCGGGGAUCGGCUGGACCUGAACUUCGAGGAAGGCAGCAGCGACAACAAACAUGAGGCUGUGUUUGUUGUGGAUAGCUGUGCUGGCUAUCUCCCGCACAUCAUUGGCUCAAGAGGGCUAUGACUAUCCCCGACCUAGUAAUCCCCUGAUUCCGGGAAGACCGGCGCCAGGAGGAGGCUCAACGAGACCCGGAGGUCCUGGGGGUGGUUUCCCAACAACCCCGUCGGACGAGUAUCCCUCCGGUACACCAUCUCCCACUACAGGAAUCAAACCAACAGGAGGUUAUCCGUCGGGUGGACCAGGAGGAUUCCCCAGUGGUCCAGGCUCUCCUGGUGGUAAUGGUUACCCUUCAGGUGGUCCAUCCAGUGGUGGUCAAAGACCUUCUGGUGGAACCGGAUAUCCGUUGGGUGGACCAAGUGGACAGCGACCCUCUAGUGGCAACGGAUAUCCUUCUGGUGGACCAAGUGCUGGUGGCCAAAGACCUUCCGGUGGAAAUGGAUAUCCCUCUGGUGGACCUUCUGCUGGUGGUCAGAGACCUUCCGGCGGAGGUGGCUUCCCAUCUGGAAGACCAGGCGCUGGUGGGCAGAGACCGACUGACGAUGAAGGUUACCCAAGUGAUAGACCAUCUAUUCCGUUCCCACUUCCAAAUGAAAAUCAGCCUCAAGGACCAGGUGGACGUCCAGGAGGUGGAUUCCCCUCGACUCCAGGCGCUGGAAGACCCACGCAACAGCCCGGCGGACAGUUUCCUACCGGUGGCAAUGACAGAUAUCCAAGCGGUAGACCUAGUGGUGGACAAGGUUCAUCGGGAGGAUAUCCCAGCGGAGGUCAGAGACCCGAACCUGGUAAUCAAGGACCGUCAACCGGUGGAUACCCAGGGGGCCGACCGAGCGAUGAUUUUCCCAGUAGUGGUCAAAGACCCGGAAGCCAACAGCCACCCUCUGGCUCGUAUCCAAGUGGAGGACCGAGUGGGGGAUAUCCCGGCUCUAAUCAAAUACCUGGUGCUGGACAAGGUUCUCAGAGACCAUCAAUUGGUAGUACGGUAGGACCAAGUGGGGGACAGAGGCCAUCCGCAGGCGGAUACCCCAGUGAUCGUCCCUCUGUCCCCUUCCCAAGCGAAGAUGAACCACCGCGACCUGGUGGCGAUCGCCCAACUGGCGGCUUCCCGUCGACUCCGUCCGGAGGUGGCUUUCCCUCAACACCAUCUGGUGGUGGCUUUCCGUCCACCCCAUCAAGACCAAGACCUCCUAAUGGGUUGUACCCUACACCCGAUACUGGAUCGAGGCCUGGAACACCUGGCCCAUCCAGACCGUCAACACCGUCGGGUUUCCCAAGUGGAGGACAGCGACCUAGUCCAGGGGGACAAAGGCCUUCUACUGGUGGACCAACUACCGACGAUGAAUACCCUGGACCAGCUCCACCUCAGGGUCCUUCAGGAGGAUACCCUAGCGGAAGACCAGAUGUAGGCAGUCAACGUCCAUCCACUGGUGGUUAUCCAGGGGGUGGAGAAAGCGAUGAGCUUCCCAGUCAAAUACCGGGUGGAUCUAGACCAGGUAGUCAAGGACCUUCUACUGGAGGAUAUCCGAGUGGACGGCCUGGUGGUGGCUUCCCAAGUGGUCCAGGGCAGCGACCUGGACAAGGACCAAGUGGUGGGCAGGGGCCAUCCGGAGGAUACCCUAGUGGGGGUCAAAGUCCUUCUCCUGGGUUUCCCAGUGGAGGCCAAGGUCUUUCUGGAGGAUAUCCUAGUGGAGGACAAGGACCAUCAGGCGGAUAUCCAAGUGGUCGACCAGGUCCUUCUCCCGGAUUUCCGAGCGGUGGACAAGGUCCUUCUAGUGGACAGGGGCCAUCUGGCGGAUAUCCAAGCGGCCGACCAGGUCCUACUCCUGGAUUUCCCAGUGGCGGACAAGGUCCUUCUGGUGGACAAGGACUGUCGGGUGGCUAUCCUAGUGGAGGACAAGGAUCUUCAAGUGGACAGGGACCAUCGGGUGGCUAUCCGAGUGGAGGGCAAGGACCCUCUGGAGGUCAAGGACCCUCAGGUGGAUUCCCUAGUGGUGGACAAGGGCCAUCUGGAGGUCAAGGCCCGUCUAGUGGUUUUCCAAGUGGCGGACAGGGCCCAUCUGGUGGCUUCCCUAGUGGCGGACAAGGUCCUUCUGGCGGAUUCCCUAGUGGUGGACGAGGGCCAUCUAGCGGCGAUAACGAUGACGGUUCUUACAACGACGGUGAUUACUCUGCUAUUCCGGGAGAGCCUGGACAAGAUUACCCUAUCUACUCUGAAAUUCCAGAAACAAGCUUUAGAUGCGAUGCGCAACAAUUCCCCGGUUACUAUGCGGAUGUUGAAGCCCAGUGUCAAGUAUUCCACAUUUGCGCUAACAAUCAGACCUACGAUUUCCUUUGCCCGAAUGGCACAAUUUUCCAUCAGCAGUACUUCGUUUGUGUAUGGUGGAAUCAGUUCGAUUGCAGUUCAGCGCCGAACUUGUAUUACCUGAAUGAAAAUCUCUAUGACUACACGAUAAUGGGAAGUCAGCAACCUGGAGGCUCAGGUCCCGGAGGAUUCCCGCAAGGUCCGCAAGGUCCACAAGGGCCUCAAGGGCCUCAAGGACCGCAGGGACCUCAAGGACCUGGAUCAUUCCCUGGAUCCCAACAGCCCGGAGGACCAGGAGGAUUUCCUGGUGGUCCUGGAGGCUCUCAACCUGGUGGACCGGGCGCUCCUCAACCAGGAGGUCCUGGAGGUUAUCCUGGCUCCCAACCAUCGGGUCCUGGAGGAUUCCCUGGUUCUCCACCAUCGAGCCCUGGUGGAUUUCCUGGCUCACAGCCGUCGGGUUCUAAUGGAUUCCCCGGUUCCCAACCGUCAGGACCAGGCGGAUACCCAAGUGGCAGACCGCAGCCAGGUCAACAACCUGGACAACAACCAGGUGGAUAUCCAAGCAGUGACAAUCAGUUCCCAGGAUCUCAACCAUCUCGUCCGGGAGGUUCCGGUAGACCCGGUGGUUUCCCAGGAGGUUCAAGUGGACACGGUGGUCAGCAACCAGGUGGUCCUGGUGGAUUCCCAAGCGGAGGAAGGCCUCAAGGACCAUCGCAGCAGCCAGGUGGUGGUUCUGAAGGUUACCCAAGUGGAAGACCGAGCGGCCCUGCUUUUCCCAGUGGACCUUUGGGUCCUGGUAGCUUCCCCGGUGGAAGACCUGGACAAUCCGACUCACCUUUCCCAUCUCAAGGCCCUUCGCAGCCCGAUCGUGAAUAUCUGCCGCCACGUGCAGGUUAACAGAAACGUCAUCAUUGAAGAAGCGACUGGUUUUAACAAGCAAGACGCUGAUUUCGGUGCUAAAAUAUAAUAACUGUAAAUACAAGCAUUUUCUUACCUAUUAAGUUAAGUGAUGUGCGAUUCAAAUGUA